AUGUUCUCCAACGCCCUUUCCACGUCAGCAGCACGGAUACCGACUAUGUCUCGCCCUCUCCGUCACCUUGCUCUGCUGUGGCUAGCAGGACAAGCGUUCGCUCAUGAGCACCAUACCGAUGAGAUACCAGAAGGCGAGGCGAUUUCUGCACAGCCUAUUGAUACUACGUUAUGGAUCCAUAUAGCCAUUCAAAUAGCCUCCUUUGGCAUCAUCUUCCCCACUGGAAUGGUCCUAGGGAUCAUUCGCUCACGUUGGCACGUACCUCUCCAAGUCCUCGGUGUCAUUCUCUCAAUAGUCGGCUACUUCCUUGGCCAUGCCCACGGUGGUCGCCAAUUCGCCCAUAACGUCCACGCUUCUUUCGCACCAUUCCUGAUGCUCAUGCUCAUUGUCCAAGUCGUACUCGGCGUCUACCUGAAGCUGCAUCUGGAGAAAGGGAUACAUGCUAGGAUACGUCGCUACAUGGUCAUAGGGCAUGGAGUAGUAGGGAAAGCAUUGCCGGUAGUCAGCUGGGUGCAGAUGCUGUUCGGGGGCAUUACGGCCUUGGGAUUCUGUCAAGGGGACCACCUAGGUCAAUGCCUGGCCCACUUCAUUAUGGGCAGCGCCUUCAUCGGCUACGGCAUUGUUCUCACAAUCCUGCUGCUGGUUGGUCAGAUGUGGCUCAGGAGGACCGGCCGAAGCCAAGAAUUCUUUGACAGUCUGAUAAUAGCAGCAUGGGGCUGCGUCAAUACAUUUACGGAGCACAGGUGGGGAGGCCCAUGGGUGGCUAAUGACCUGCAGCAUACAAGUAUGGGUAUCGUAUGGUGGUGUGCGGGCCUGCUUGGAAUGUGGCUGUCAAGGAAAAGAGAUGGGAGGCCGAAGAGGAAUCUUUUCCCAGCAUUGGUUAUAAUGCUUACAGGAUGGGGCAUGAGCGCUCAUCCUCAACAUCUGGAGCUGAGCACGCAUGUCCACACGGUCUUUGGGUACACGCUCAUGGCUGCUGGAAUGGCCAGGAUAGUAGAGAUUUCGUUCGUUCUUCGGGACCAAAAUACAAUAUCUGAUACGGAGGUGGAGGACACUAAUAGCUUUCAAUACAUUACGCCUUUUCUACUCUACACCUCCGGCUUCCUCUUCAUGGGCGCCACAGAGGAACAAAUGAACCUCCUCACCACCGCCGGCGUCUCCCACGUCUCUUACAUCCUUCUCCUUUUUAGCAUUUCUUUCUUGCUCUUCCUAUUCGUCUGUAUGCUGCUGCACCUCUACGCUUCAUACGCCUGGCCUCUCGACCGUAUCCAGCCCAAAGCUAUGGCCAAGGGAGGGUUAAACGGCCAUGUUGGGCACGUGAAUAGGAGGGUGAGGGAUUCCGAGGAGUUCGAACUGGAAGGCCUCAUGAGUGAUGAUGAAGUGGCAGAGGAUGGAGUCGGAACCCCUGCUAGUAAGAAGGCGAAUGGGACGCUGACUUAG